AUGUUGCGGACAAACCAGAGAAUCGACAAGCUUGCAGCUGCUCGCGUUGACUUCACAAAUCGUGGGAUGCUGAAUGGCUCGUGUCUUUCAGAGGCAUUACGGAAGCUAGUUGCUGUAAAUGACAGUCUCAGCGAGAAAGAAGAUGUUGAAGCAAAUGCUGAUCAUCUCACAAUAAAGCCAUCAAAUUGUGAUGAGCAAAAUGAUGAUGGCACCAUUUCUGGACCAACAAUUCUUGCAUACGUUGACUUGGCUGCCACUAUUCAGCAGCAACAUGCCAGAAGCUUUGCUGAACUUGCUAAGGAGAUCAAUCAACUGAAACUUCCUGAGCUCAUUCGACAGUUUCUUUAUGAUCAGUUGAAUCCAGAUAACCCCCGACCUGCAUCCGACAUUGAUAUCAAUGAAUGUCCCACACUCAAGGGAAAGAUCUCUGUGCACUACUCUGCCGCUGCGACGUACUAUGCUUCUAGUGAUCCAUGUGGUGUCGGCGGGAUGCAUCGUGAGCAUAUUUGA